CGUCUGCCGCUUUUGCGCUGCCACUCGCAGCGUGCCCCCCUCUUCCCUUCCACUUCCGUCGCCGGCUCUCCGCGGGCGAACUGCGAAGUCACCGAGUCAACAGCAGCACCUACCCCCGCCUCGUUCCACCUCCCAAAACGCAAGUAGGCUUUUGCCCUCGCGGUCGCAGCCAGCGAGCGAACCCUAAUGGAGAUCGCGGAGACCCUGCAGGCCUACACGGGCCUCACGCCCGGGGCCGCCGCCACCAUCCUUGCCCUCAUGGUGGCCACCUAUCUCCUCGUCUCCUCCCUCUUCGUCGCCCCCGCCCCCGCGCCGGCGCCGCCUCCCAAGCCGCCCCAGCAGCAGCAGCAGCGCGAGGCGGAGAAGGCACAGGAGGAGGAGGAGAAGGAGGAGGAGGAGGAGGAGCCGAUGCCUUUCGUCUAUCCGGACCCAGUGGAGGUGGGCGAGGUCACGCUCGAGCAGCUCAGUGCGUACGACGGCAAGGACCCCGCCAAGCAGAUCCUCAUCGCCAUCCGCGGCCAGGUCUACGACGUCUCCCGCGGGAGGCUCUUUUAUGGCCCUCAGGGACCAUAUUCCUUGUUUGCUGGGAGGGAUGCAACCCGGGCCCUGGCAUUGAUGUCAUUUGACCCAAAUGACCUCACCGGGGAUUUGGACGGCCUAAGCCCCGAUGAGCUGGAGGUGUUGCAAGAUUGGGAGGAAAAAUUCAAGGAGAGGUAUCCGAGGGUGGGGCACCUUGCCUGUCAAGACGCAGCAAGCAGCGGUCAGAACACUGCUGGGCUUCAUCACGAGGAAGGGGACGCCUAACUCUACUGGUUUGUCUCGUCCUCUGUUUUUUUUACUUGCUGCUGGAUAUCACCCUGUAGAUCUGAUGCGCUCACUUGUGGGUGACGCCGCUGUCGUCAUCGUUUGCUGUAUAUGUAUGUGCGAUUAUAUAUACUGACUAAUGUACUCUGCUAUGUCCCAUUUCUUUUGGGUCUGUAGCGGCUAAGGAAAUUUUGAGUGUCAAAAAAACUGGAGACUUGAGGCGACAGCCCAUGUUCGGCUCUUUGUUGUACAUGCGUGAUUUGCGUCAUGAUUCCUGGCUUUGUUGUUCAUUCA